AUGACAAGACCUAGGCGGUCAUCCGCUACGAGCGAGGAGAGCGCGGGGACUGGGAGAGAGCAGGAAUUAGGGAGCAUGUACGAUUACCUCGCAAAGAUCAUUCUCCUAGGGCCAAGCGGGUCAGGAAAAUCCUGCCUCCUCCAUCGCUUCGUAAAAAGCGAAUGGCGCGUCCUCUCCUCACAAACAAUCGGCGUCGAAUUCGCCUCCAAAAUUAUAAAAGUCGGCACCGGGGCCCGCCGAAAGCGCAUCAAGCUACAACUCUGGGACACGGCCGGAACCGAACGCUUCCGCUCAGUAUCACGCUCCUACUACCGCGGUGCUGCCGGCGCCGUGCUCUGCUACGACAUCACAUCCCACAACAGCUUCUCGAACCUCCAGCCCUUUCUCAACGACGCCCGCGCACUCGCCUCGCCAAACUUGAGUCUCAUUUUGGUUGGGAACAAACUCGACCUAGCCUCCGGGGGCGGCCAACCAGACGAGGAGGACCUGCUCGGCCCGCUACCGCCACCAACACCAAGCAGUAUCAGCGCGCAUAGCAUUCCGUAUACGAUUAGUAGUGUGCAUACGGGGACGGGGAGCGCGAGCGUCAGCAUGGCCGGGACGCCUUUGCAAGCGGGGAGUUACGCUUCGUCUACGACAUCCACGAUCCGCCCGGGAGAUAGUACGGGGACGAGUUAUGGGUAUGGGCUGGGGUCACAACUACGAGCUACGGUGGCGCCUGAUGGGCGAGAGGUUUCGGCUGUGGAGGCGAGUCGGUGGGCGAGCACGGUCAAUGUACCGGUGACGAUGGAGGUCAGCGCUUUUAGUGGUGAGGGUGUCGAUGAGGUGUUUGGGAGACUGGCGAGGAUGAUUUUGACCAAGAUUGAGUUGGGCGAGAUCGACCCAGAUGAUCCGAUGAGUGGCAUUCAGUAUGGCGAUUACGGAGGCGGGUGGAGCGGUGGUGCGAGUGAUGGAGCGAGUAUCAAGAGCUCUAUGACCGGGGACGAACAAGGCACAAGGAAUAGGAGGCGCAAGCCAAGGCGAGGAGUUCAAGGGUUGAGGGAGUGGGAGGAGGUAUUUACGCUCACUAGCGGCAGGAGGAGGAACAAUGGUUGUUGUUGA